ACAGACAGCGUGAGAGCGACGAGUGGAAGGGGUGGAGGGAGGCAGAGUCGCGCGCGGCCUACCGACGAGAGUGGAAAGGGAAAAGGGAAAAGCCGAGCGCGCGGUGCAUGCACACGCGAAGUACGCACACGCGCGGCGAUACGUGGACGAAAAAAAGGGCCGCGGAGCCGCGAAGGAGAGAGAGAGCGAUUUGCCCGCCAUUUUGAAGUGAAUCCGUCGUGGUGGCUUGGUUGGUGGUGGACAAACGUGCGGUCGCAGUUUCGCGGGCGGAGAGCGACGAGGACGAGGAUUGCCACGGCAUCCGGAGUUGGUGGGUCAAGCCGGCGACCGCACGCGACGCGUGAUACAAGCACCGGUGGAGCCCGGGACGAGGGGCUGACGCCGCUCCGGGGAUGGGAGCUCUUACCGAGGCGUGACGGAUCAGGGGCCACGACGAUGACGGACACUCGAUCAAAGUCCGGCAAGAACGCAGUCAGGACCGUUGCAGCUGCUUGAAGAGACAUCUCCAAGGCUUGGAGGAUUUCGGAGAGAAAUAGAAAGAGAUCUAGAAAAGUAUGGAAGCCAUGGAUUUGGAUGGAGAUGCAGUUGUUGAUUUAAGUGUCGGAAGUAGCAAUAGAAGAGAAUCUCCAAUUGCACCCACAAAUUCAGUAAACAAUGCAGGCCCUCCGCUAGAUUUGGGUGUAAAUUAUACAACUAGUCCAAGUAUAGACAAUAAUAUGCCUGAACCUAGAAAUAUUCAAAAUUCGUCUAGAGGAAUUUUAGCACCAAAAUCCGGAGAUGAUCGUAGGCCCCGACGGAACUUGAGGCCUCGAACGGAAAGAAGCUAUGCAGAAAGCCCUGACGAGCCAAGAAUGAAUGGCUAUUUAAAUGGAAAUGCAUCGGAUAGCGACGAAGCCGAGAUGCCACCUCUGUUACCAAUUAAAGAAUUGUCUUCCGAUGAAUUGGCAGAACGCGAAAGAUCUUUAAGGAAACUUAGGGAAGAAUUAAGAUCUGAAGAAAUGAAAUUGGUGCUUUUGAAAAAAUUAAGACAAUCCCAACAGUUGAAAGAAAAUAUAGCAGCCGUGCCAAAAGUUCCCAGUAAACUGCCACCGCCAGUCACUUGUCAACCAGUAAUGACUCACAGUCAUAGAACUGGGAAAGCGCCUCCGCCCUUGUUAAGAGGACAGCCUGCUCCGAGUAGAAGUAGUAGUCUUCAUGCACCACCACCCGGUAUGUUAUUACCACCUACAGCUGGGAGAAAUACUAUCUCAACCACCGGUAUGCCACCUAAUAUGGUGAUACCACAGCCACCUCAUCCACGAGUGAGAUCUACAAGCAGUACGCCAAGUGUUUCUAGUUAUCAUCCCCCAGCUGAUCGAACAGAGAGGUCCACAAAAGAUCCCACACCAAGCCCGGUACAUCAAUUGCAAGCAAAACUUGUUGGGCCCCAAGACAAUAAGCCUGCCGCGCCUCUAAACACACCUGUGAUCCCUGAGCAGGAAAGAAACCGGGAAGACAAUCAAACUCCAGCGCAACGUCAAGCUGCUGCUAAACAGGCUCUAAGGAAACAAUUGGAGAAGACGCUCCUACAGAUACCGCCGCCGAAACCUCCACCCCCGGAGAUGCACUUCGUACCAAGUCCUUCGAAUCCGGAAUUUAUUUAUUUGGUCGGCUUAGAGCACGUUGUUGACUUUAUAACUAAGGAGCCGGCUAUUCCACCUCCGCCAGAGCCGUUCGAAUGUACCCAAUGCAAGACUGACUUUACGCCAGUUUGGAAGUGGGAGAAGCCUGCCAAUAGUAAUAAAAAGGAUGGCCCACAAGGUCAGCAUGCGACCUUCCAACGACCAGCAGCUGGUCGAGAUCCUAGAGUUAUUUGCGAGCACUGCGUGACAACCAAUGUGAAGAAGGCACUUAAGGCUGAGCACACGAACCGGUUGAAGACUGCCUUCGUUAAGGCUUUGAAACAAGAGAAGGAAAUAGAUGAGAGACUAGCGCAAGCGGCCUGCCCGAGUCCAGAUCCACCCGCACCAAAGCCAGUUCCCAAGGCGCCUACCCCGACGAGAAGAGUAGCGACGCCUCCCGCGCCGCCGCCGCAAGUACAAGUACCACCGCCGGCGCCGACGCCACCGGCUCCGAAGCUUCAGGAGCAUCCUCUGGUCAAGCUGGCCGAGAGCGGCAAGUUUCCACAUCCCGCAGCAGCGGCCGCUGCUCUACAGCAACAAUUACUUCGAGAAUUGGCCAAGAAUCCGGUGCCGGGUCUCUCGCCUCAUCAGCCUCUUCCAGCGCACAUGAUGCCACCCUUCAGUCCGCUUCUCUAUCCGUAUCAGCUGGCGAUGGCGCAAGCGGCUGGGGGUAAGGGCCUGGCGGAGCUUCAGCGGCAGGCGGCGGAUCUCCAGCGUCAGUAUCUCCUGGACAUGAUACCGUCGCAAGCGUCGCAGGGCCAAGGCAAUCAAGCUCCGCCCCGCGCCCAUCCGCACAAUUGGAAGACGUAACCAGGCGUCCAUUAAUAAUUACGGCGCAAGACUUUCGACAACACUGUGCGACAGUGAUCGUUUGUUGACUCGUGGCUAAUGCCAUGCGACUAGCGAAAUCGCGCGACUCGGAUAGUACGACCGAUCGCCACUAACGUGUGCUGUUCAAUAGAGACAGAUAUUGACCUCGCGAUUCUUUCCUCUGUUGUAGGCUUCGACGAAAGUGUGCUUCUUUCUUUUCAGAUUCAGGGAGGGAGCAAGUUAUCCCUCAAGAUUGACAAGUAAAAUUUAGUGUAUUUUUAAUUUAAAAAAGGGAAACAUGCCGUUGAAAAAACUUUAUUAAAAAAAGA